AUGGCUCCUGCACGCAACAGUGUGCUGGUGCUACUUGGCCUUGCAAUCAGUAUUCGUGCUGCACCUGCUGGCUUUCAAGAGCGUCAAGUAGAGAUAACCCCACCUCAGCAAAGCGUCUCAUGGGACACUGGUAACCCGGAGCCCACCGAGGGCCCCUACGAGCCUGUCAACCCACCAAAUCCAACGGACCAAAUCAGCCUUGGAAAACCGUCAUUCUGGAUUAGCUGGGAGACUAGUGAGCCUGAACCGACACCCAAACCUGAAUACCCCCCACCAAAACCGAGCGACCAAUUCAGUAUUGGCAAUCCGUCCUAUAGCAUAAGCUGGGAUGGAGAAGGCCCAGGUGCCUCCUCGACGCCCACUCCUAUGCCCACACCUACACCUAAGCCAACUCCAGAGUACCCAUCCGUCACAUCGUCACCACCUAUCUCGACAAGCUCCAGGACUUCUGAACAGACUUCUUCUUCAGUGCCUACCAGCAAGUCCACUUCAACCAAGAAGGUUUCUUCGACCAGAAAGCCAGGAUAUCCUCCUUGGAACCCGUGGCCACCAAGACCAACGACUUUCAAAUCUACGACGAGACCCAAGCCGUCGUCAACCCAAGAGCCGACAUCAACGAAGGAAGUACAAACCAGCUCACCACCACCACAGUAUAGCAUAAGCUGGAACAUGGAGCAACGCAAUGUUAAGCCUACGUCUACAAAGAAGCCAAUGCCUACCCCGACUCCUAAGCCUACAUCCAAGGUAACCCCUAAGCCUACGUCCAAGGUGACUCCUAAGCCUACGUCCAAGUCCACAGCCCCAUCUACUUCAAAGGCUACACCCAAGCCCACCCCAACAUCCACUUCAAAAGCCACUCCCACCCCCACUCCUACCCCCAAACCAACCCCAACCCCAGAACCCGACACCACCUCCUACGCUCCCCCCGACAUCACCCUCGGCCCCCCCAGCUUCAGCAUAAGCUGGGGAAAACGCUCCCCAGAACCCACUUCUGCCCCUUUCCCUGAAGACGACCCCUUCCCAGAAGAAGAAGACCCAGACUUUCCCCCGUCGCCGCCCACUCUCCCCUCCCAGCCCAACAACAUCAGCAUCCAACCCCCCACCGCAACCGUCAUCUGGGGCAAACGCCAAGACGACUCUGAACUACCUCCCGAGGAUGAUGAUGAUUUUCCUCCACCAUCGAUCCCGAGUCAGGUGAAUAGUGUGGGGGUGGAACAGCCUACUGCAACGGUGAUUUGGGGGAAGAGACAGGAGAAUGAUGGUGGUGAUGAUGAUGAUGAUUUUCCGCCUCCGUCGAUUCCAAGUCAGGUUAAUAGUGUGGGGGUGGAACAACCUACUGCGACUGUGAUUUGGGGAUGAUUAUGGUUAUGGUGAGGAAGGAGUAAGGGAGGUGUAGAGGGGAUGGGAGAUGGUAGUAGUCAAUUUGCGUUAUGAGGAAUUUGAAUUUGGUAGGAG